AUGAGUGGUCUGUUGGGCAAUCCGAAAAACAGAGUGCUCCAGCUUGAUGGAUAUUUACUUGACGGCCAGAUUAUUAGCAUUCUCCAGACCCAGCUAACAGAGGCAUUUGCAGAUACCUCCUUGCCAGUGGGCCUUCAGCGUAUAGGGUCUAGACAUGGUAGUGACUUGGUAUUCUUGGUAAAAGUAUUACUUUUCAAAUUUUUUGUGUGGGAUAAGUCAAGUUCCUAUGGAUUGAUUUUGCAGAAUUUGAAACUGUAUGAUGACGGAAAAUCAGGGAAACUGAGCAGGUUGGGCAAACUUACACUUUUAGUGCACCUAUUAGCAUCUCAUCUCAUUGACAAAUUGAUAUCGUACUCUUACUCAGAUGAUGCAAAUGAGCUAGGAGUAACAAAUCCAACGUUGAAUUUUUUACUGAAGAAGUUUACCAAUUACCUCCCAAUUAUGAAAGCCGGUUCCUCUUUUUUUGAGGUUGUCAAUAGGGUCCUAUUUCUUGCAUUGGGAGAUUAUACUACGUUGUAUUAUCGACUAUUCGGCAUAAGGCAUGAAAGUCUGGACACCUCAGCUAUAUCAUUUGCAUCAAAUCCGCAAUCCAUCAAUUAUGAAUUUCAAGAUAGACAGUUGAUCUGGAAUGCUUUCACCGAGUUCAUCACAAAUAUAUCAGAUGUGAAAAUGCCAAAAAUUGUGCAUCGAGCUUGGAAGAGGGCUUUGCACAAAGUGAUGAAGAAGGAGAAAGAAAAAUUUGAGACGGGAAUGGCAAUUGACGGUAUAGGUGUAAAUGAUGAGAAUUCCAAGUCAAUGUUCAGAUUCUUACCGGAGAGAUGUUGUGCAAUAUGUUAUGCAGAUGAUACAAGCCCAGCGAAAGGUGUUGAUGACCAUUUGAUAACAAAUCCCUUUGUCACGAGCUGUGGACAUUUGUAUUGCUAUUAUUGCUUAAUAAGAGUAAUGGAGGAGGCCAGGAAUUCCGAUGACUACGAAGAUGAUGACGGUGAUGAUGAUUUAGUGAAAGAAGAGGGUGGUAUAGAAGAAGGUACGAAAUGGCGAUGUUUACGAUGUAAUCAGAAGGUUAGCUGGUCCAAGAUAUACUCAGAAAAGAUGGAAGAGCUUGAGUCUAGUGUGGAAAGUUACUUUGCAUCGUCUGCGUAUGCUAACCUUUCUUUUUCCCCUAAUGUCACUGAUGAGGGUGAGGAGGACGAAGAAGAGAAUCUGUCCUCAUCAUCAGACUCCGAUUCAGAAUCUCUAGACGAAAUGGGUUCAGAAUCUGAGAGUGAUGGGAGUGAUGGGAGUGACACAGAGUCUGCUUACGAAUAUGACGCAGACGAAAUGAUGUAA